GUUGCUGGUCAUCUGUCUGGCUGCUGGGUCUCUGGCCGUCCCCAGACUGCGGCGUGGCCUGGGAAGUCUCCUGCUAACCUCUCCAGCCUAGACCCCGCAGCCACUCUGCCCCAAGAUGGGCCGUGGGGCCGGACGCGAGUCCUCGCCUGCCGCCACCACUGCGGAGAAUGGAGGCGGCAAGAAGAAGCAGAAAGAGAGGGAGCUGGAUGAGCUGAAAAAGGAGGUGGCCAUGGACGACCACAAGCUGUCCUUGGAUGAGCUGGGCCGCAAAUACCAAGUGGACCUGUCCAAGGGCCUCACCAACCAGCGGGCCCAGGACAUUCUGGCUCGGGACGGGCCCAACGCCCUCACCCCGCCCCCAACAACCCCCGAGUGGGUCAAGUUCUGUCGCCAGCUUUUCGGGGGCUUCUCCAUCCUUCUGUGGAUUGGGGCCAUCCUCUGCUUCCUGGCCUACGGCAUCCAGGCUGCCAUGGAAGAUGAACCAUCCAACGACAAUCUCUAUCUGGGCGUGGUGCUGGCAGCCGUGGUCAUCGUCACGGGCUGCUUCUCCUACUACCAAGAGGCCAAGAGCUCCAAGAUCAUGGACUCCUUCAAGAACAUGGUUCCGCAGCAAGCCCUCGUCGUGCGGGAGGGUGAGAAGAUGCAGAUCAACGCGGAGGAAGUGGUGGUGGGAGACCUGGUGGAGGUGAAGGGUGGAGACCGCGUGCCCGCUGACCUCCGGAUCAUCUCUUCUCAUGGCUGUAAGGUGGACAACUCAUCCCUAACCGGGGAGUCAGAGCCCCAGACCCGCUCCCCUGAGUUUACCCAUGAGAACCCCCUGGAGACCCGCAAUAUCUGUUUCUUCUCUACCAACUGUGUGGAAGGCACUGCCAGGGGCAUCGUGAUCGCCACAGGUGACCGGACGGUGAUGGGCCGCAUAGCCACUCUGGCCUCGGGCCUGGAGGUGGGGCGGACCCCGAUAGCCAUGGAGAUUGAACACUUCAUCCAGCUGAUCACGGGGGUGGCUGUGUUUCUGGGCAUCUCCUUCUUCGUGCUGUCCCUCAUCCUGGGCUACAGCUGGCUGGAGGCAGUCAUCUUCCUCAUCGGCAUCAUCGUGGCCAACGUGCCCGAGGGGCUGCUGGCCACCGUCACGGUGUGUCUGACCCUGACAGCCAAGCGCAUGGCGAGGAAGAACUGCCUGGUGAAGAACCUGGAGGCGGUGGAGACGCUGGGCUCCACCUCCACCAUCUGCUCUGACAAGACGGGCACCCUCACCCAGAACCGUAUGACCGUCGCCCACAUGUGGUUUGACAACCAGAUCCAUGAGGCUGACACCACUGAAGACCAGUCUGGGGCCACAUUUGACAAGCGAUCCGCGACAUGGACGGCCCUGUCUCGGAUUGCUGGCCUCUGCAACCGAGCCGUCUUCAAGGGUGGGCAGGAGAACAUCUCUGUGUCUAAGCGCGACACAGCUGGCGACGCCUCUGAGUCAGCUCUGCUCAAGUGCAUUGAGCUGUCCUGCGGCUCUGUGAGGAAGAUGAGGGACAGGAACCCCAAGGUGGCAGAGAUUCCUUUCAACUCCACCAACAAGUACCAGCUGUCCAUCCACGAGCGAGAAGACAGCCCCCAGAGCCACGUGCUGGUGAUGAAGGGGGCCCCCGAGCGCAUCCUGGACCGGUGCUCCUCCAUCCUGGUGCAGGGCAAGGAGAUCCCGCUGGACAAGGAGAUGCAAGAUGCCUUUCAGAACGCCUACAUGGAGCUGGGAGGACUGGGGGAGCGAGUGCUGGGGUUCUGUCAACUGAAUCUGCCCUCUGGAAAGUUUCCUCGUGGCUUCAAAUUCGACACAGAGGAACUGAACUUCCCCACCGAGAAGCUCUGCUUCGUGGGGCUCAUGUCCAUGAUCGACCCUCCGCGGGCGGCUGUGCCUGACGCUGUGGGCAAGUGUCGGAGCGCAGGCAUCAAGGUGAUCAUGGUGACCGGGGACCACCCAAUCACAGCCAAGGCCAUUGCCAAGGGCGUGGGCAUUAUAUCAGAGGGCAAUGAAACUGUGGAGGACAUCGCGGCCCGGCUCAACAUCCCCGUCAGUCAAGUCAACCCCAGGUGCCGCCUGAUCUUUGACAACCUGAAGAAAUCCAUCGCGUACACCCUGACCAGCAACAUCCCCGAGAUCACGCCCUUCCUGUUCUUCAUCAUCGUCAACAUCCCCCUGCCGCUGGGCACCGUCACCAUCCUCUGCAUCGACCUGGGCACUGACAUGGUCCCCGCCAUCUCCUUGGCCUACGAGGCCGCUGAGAGUGACAUCAUGAAGCGGCAGCCGCGGAACCCGCAGACGGACAAGCUGGUGAACGAGAGGCUCAUCAGCAUGGCCUACGGGCAGAUCGGGAUGAUCCAGGCACUGGGCGGCUUCUUCACCUACUUCGUGAUCCUGGCUGAGAACGGUUUCCUGCCGACACGGCUGCUGGGGAUCCGCCUCGACUGGGAUGACCGGUCCACCAAUGACCUGGAGGACAGCUAUGGGCAGGAGUGGACCUACGAGCAGCGGAAGGUGGUGGAGUUCACCUGCCACACGGCCUUCUUCGCCAGCAUCGUGGUCGUGCAGUGGGCCGACCUCAUCAUCUGCAAGACCCGCCGCAACUCCGUCUUCCAGCAGGGCAUGAAGAACAAGAUUUUGAUUUUUGGGCUCCUGGAAGAGACAGCGCUGGCUGCCUUCCUAUCCUACUGCCCAGGCAUGGGUGUGGCCCUCCGCAUGUACCCCCUCAAGGUCACCUGGUGGUUCUGCGCCGUCCCCUACAGCCUCCUCAUCUUCAUCUACGAUGAGGUCCGGAAGCUCAUCCUGCGGCGAUACCCCGGAGGCUGGGUGGAAAAGGAGACGUACUACUGAGCACCCUGGAAAGAAGAACCAGGACGGGAAAGACGGGGUGCCCUGGAGGAGUUGCAGGGAUGGUGAUGGGGAGGGGUGGUUUCAGGGGAAGAUUUGGGGAGAAAGAAUGAGGCCAUUUAAUGGGCUAA